AUGCUCUCACGUGUUGCGGCUGUGAAGGCACCCCGCACACACAACCGUCGCCGCGUGACCGGCUCCAGCGGAAGGAGGAGGGAAAGAAGAGAGAGUGUGCCGCCGAGGCCCAGCAUGUCCCGGCAUGUGUUUGCUUCUGCGGCGCUGCUCCUCGUCGUGAUGAUGUGCUGCGGUACCUGUGGAGCUGCGGCCGCUGGAGGGAAUAAUGGGAAGAGUGAUUUAAGGAAUUUUCUGAAGCUGCAGAGGAUCGAUCUAUUUGUGCCGAAUAAGACGCAGGUGCUGCCGAAAGGUGGAGGUACUCCAGGGACGAAGCGGGACUCAUUUGUUUCACCAUCUCUUGUCAGUGCUGGUGGAGUAAUUGCUGCUUUUGCCGAAGGCCACACAAACGCCAAAGUUCGCACGAACGCCCAAAAAGACGGUGCCAAAUUAAUUACGCCCUCUUACUCUGAUGUUGUUGCGGGGUACAUUGACUCUGCGUGGAACUGGACCACUCUUGUUGGCAAGGUCAAUCAAAGCUCAUGGAGGGCACACACCGUGCCUACUGGAGCGGAUGGACAGAAACUUUUGGGUGGUGUGCACCACCCCACAACAACCACGAAGGGCAACAAGGUAUUUCUUUUGGGAGGCGUUGAAUUUUUCAAUGAACAUGAGAGUAUGAUUUGGGACAGCUUGCAUCUGACACUGGUUGUGGGUACUGUCACGAAUUCUACGGGUGGCAAGCCGAGUGAACGGAUCAGCUGGGACAACCCCAAAUUGCUGUCAGUCCUGAAUACCUCUGCUGCUCCUUACGAACGUAAAUUUGAGAGGGUUUUUCCUUCUGGUGGCUCAGGUGUUCUGAUGGAGGGUGGCACGCUUGUGUUUCCCGCGUUUGCGUUUGAUGUUGAUGAUGACGAUUACUCCAUGAUCAUUUAUUCGACGGACAGCGGCGCAAACUGGAUGCUUUCGAAUGGAACGUCUCCUGCGAAAUGCUCCCGCCCCCGCGUCACCGAAUGGGAGGGAUCACUUCUCAUGAUUGUUGAUUGCGAGGACGGCCAGAGGGUGUACGAGUCGCGUGACGUGGGGGCAACGUGGACGGGGACCAUCGGGACACUCCCAGGCGUGUGGACCAAGUCAAAAUCGACAGCCAUUUUGGAUCUGAGCUUUUAUGUGGAGGCCCUCAUCACCGCGAGCAUUGAGGGAAGGAAGGUCAUGCUGUACAUUCAGAGAGGGUACGCGUCGGGGGGUGAAGCGGAAAGAGCGCUCUAUCUUUGGGUCACGGACAACAACCGUUCUUUUUAUGUUGGACCUGUUGCCGUGGAGGAUGAUGUGAAUUGGGAGCUUGACAGAACCCUGCUGUACUCGGAUGGAAAUUUGCAUCUUUUACAACGGAGGGGCGAUUAUGAAAGCAGUGUCAUGUCGCUUUCCCGCCUGACGGAGGAACUGAGUACAAUCAAGUCCGUCCUCAGCACUUGGGCAAAAAAGGACGCCUUCUUCUCCGGGUUGUCUAUAUCCACGGCGGGUCUGGUGGCAGUUUUGUCCGAUACGGCCAGCAAUGGCACGUGGAUCGACGAGUACCUUUGCCUGAAUGCGACGGUGGCGAAAGGAAGGAAGGCCAAAUAUGGAUUUCAAUUGACGGAGCCUGAGUCCAGGGUAUCAUGGUCCGUGAACACUCGGGUUAAUAGUGUGCGUCAUGUAUCCUUGAGCCACAACUUCACACUUGUGGCGUUGGUGACCAUCGAAGA